AUGGCUGCAAUGAACAUGGAGGCAAAUGGAAACAUCAAGCUUGUAGGGAAGGGACAGGGCGCCUCUGUGUCCCCUGUACAAGGUGCCUUUUACACCAUACUGGUGAUUCUGGGCAUACUGGGUAAUGCCACUGUGGUCGGGGUAAUUGGUAACAGCGCAAUAAUGGACCGUGGUGGGGGACGUAACUCGGACAUCAUCAUCAUUAACUUGGCACUGUCUAACCUGCUGUUGACUCUGUGGAGGAACACACUGCUUAUCUUCUCAGACUUGGGAGUCCUGCUAUAUUCAUCCAAAGAGAUUUGUCAGUUCCUUAUGGGUAUCUGGGUGUGGCUGCGAACCGUCAACGUGUGGUCUACAUUCCUCCUCAGUGCACUCCACCGCCAGACAUUGGGGCGUGUGGCUCCCAUUAAUGGGAACCUUCACAGGCCCCAGGGUGCUCCUAAGACCCCACUGUUGAUUCUGGGCCUCAUCUGGUUUCUCGGCUUUAUUUACUCCAUUCCUGCUCAUAUCUUUUCCACAAACGGGAACAAGAACAGCACAGAGACCCUGAUGCUGGUGAGCGGCACAACGCGCCCCCUGCUGGGCUGUUUGUGGAACUUCCCCUCCAGCUACAGCGGCCUGGCCUAUGCCACCACAUCUAUGGUGAUCCAUGAAAUAAUUCCUAUAAUACUAAUGUCUGUUACCAGCCUGGGCUCCCUUUACACACUCUACAUGCACGGUAGGAGGCAGAGUCCGGUGCAAGAUGCACCUGUCAUAAAACGGGUGUCUGCUGAGAAACGAGCCGCCAAGGUGAUUCUCGCUCUCGUAAUUCUCUUCGUUGCAUGCUGGGGAACCAGCAUUAUCUCUGUCAACUAUUACAACUACAACCGCGGGUCAUCGGUGGAGUUUCUUCUGAUCGUUGCUCGUCUUGCCAACAUCAUCUUCAUCACCAUGUCACCUGUUGUUCUGGCAGCUGGCCACCGGCGGCUGCGCUCUUUCAUCAAGUCUAUGCUCGCUCACUGACACAGCUUCCGACCAACAG